CCCCCACUUGCGGCGGCCACGUUUUCCAUCGGGGGGGGCUACGGGGCCCCUAGCUCUCCUGGGUCGCCAAGUCCUGCGAGCCUCUCGUUCGCUUCCCCUCCCGCUGGCUCCUAUAUAAAACCCGCCUCCGCCACAACCACCACGGACCAUUCAUCGAUGAGUCACGGCUCGUGCGUGCGCAGCCCAGGAACACCGUCGAUCGACCCUCGCCGUGAACACACGGCGCCAAUGGCGGCCGCGCCGACGGACAGCAUCACACGCCGCUUCGCCGUCGCGUGCGGCGUGCUCAGCCAGUACGUCAGGGCCGGGGCGCCCGCGACGGCGACGAUGCCCGCCGCUGCGGCGCCAUUAUUCCUGGCGCCGCCGGCCGGAGCCGCCUCCCUGCAGCUUGAGGCGGGCACCACCGCCAACGUGGCGCCGCAGCAGCUGACCAUGUUCUACGGCGGGAGGGUGGUGGUGCUGGACGCCUGCCCGCCCGAGAAGGCGGCGGAGCUGAUCCGCCUCGCCGCGGCCGCGCAGGGCGCGCCGGCACCCGAGGCGCCGGCGCUGGUGGACAUGCCCAUCGCCAGGAAGGCCUCGCUGCGGCGCUUCCUCGCCAAGCGCAAGAACAGGUCCUCCUCCACCAGCUCCGCGGCGGGCUACGACCGCCAGGACGACGAGGAGCCGGAGCAGCAGCAGCCGGCCGCGAAGAAGGGCAAGGUGGUGGCGACGCGCGAGGAGGCUUCCCUUUCUUCUUCUUGGCUCGCGCUGGGGCUGGGCGGCAUGCUCGGGCGUUGAUCACCGGCUCGCCGCCGUGAGUUGGAAGAGAAGAGCUCGAUCGCUGGCUCGCUCGGCCCCCUCCACCGACCCGGCCAUUUGGGGCGCGUUCGUAGCAAUUUAAUUAACUACUUACGGUUGUGCUAUUAACAACUGCUAGCUAUGAUCAAUCAGGCCAGCUAUAUCAUGGCAUGCGUGCUCCGUGCAGAUUGGCACCAGAGAGCAACGCCACUAUUCAUUCGUAUCGUUCCUCGUUAGAGGUGUAUCAUCUAAUCCGAUUAACCAAAUGUGUAUGGACCUGAACAAUAUUUUCAGCAGCUAGUGUGAAUUGUUGUUCGUCCCUUUAUUUAAUUUGUGUGUUUGUAUUGCUCUAUACGUUCUUAUGUUCUACA